ACAUACUUUGCUUCUUCCUAAAUAAACAAAAAGAUAAAAAGAAGCCAAAAUCAUCUGAGGAAGUUAGGCCAACGGUUAUAGUAGUUCUGUAAAAAUUCACUUGAAAUCAAAGCAAUAGGGACUGUUUGAUUUUUGGUCACCAUCUGAACCAAAACUUCACCCUCCAUCUGUCAUGUUUGUUCAACCCCAUAACCUAUUUCUCUUCUUAUUCCCUCCUUUUUAUUCCCACUUUCAUUUCUCUGUUCUCUAUUCUAAUUUCCCAUCUUGUUCACUUUUUUAAAGGUGGGAACUUUAAUUUUUUGUUGAAGUUCUUGAAAUUUAAAUAUUAAUACUUGAGUUAUGAAAUAGGUUGAGUUGGGGAGAUUGUGCUUCUCUUUGCGAUAGCAGCUCUGUACCGACUGAAUCACUCUUUUCGUGUCAGUGAUGAACCAUACGAGCUGGUUAGAUACGUGGGGCCCGAGGGCUCGUAGUACACCUUGAUUGCUCCACCCUUUUCUUCACUUAAAGGUGGGAACUUUUUUGUUGAAAUUUUUGCAUGCAAAAACCAUUUUUAAAGAUUGAAACUUGGGUUGUGAAAUAGGUUGAAUUGGGUCAGUUUUGCUUCUUCUUGCAAGCAAGGUCACCACUGUAUCGACUUAAUCACUCUUUUAGUCUAAACUUAGAAACUGGUGAACCACGCAAGCUGGUUAGAGAGGUGGGGCAAAGGGCUCGUGGUACUCCUUUGAUUGAUCCACUCUUUUCUUCACCUCACUAGUAAAUCACCUACAAAAGGGGCAGGCCUACAUGCCUUAUUUCAAAGGUAUUAUUACUGAUGACAUAUUAGUAAAAAGUUGAAAGUUCCUGGAAAUUUCUCCCUAUUGACAAAUCCUGUAGUGGUGUCAUUAUUUCCAAUCAUGAAUAGCCGUUACUUUAUUACAACAGACUCAUUGUGUAAUAGUCCUAGGAUUAUUGUUCCAGAAAGAAUGGAUCUUGAUGUAAGAAGAACACCUUCUUCUUCUUCUUCAUUCUUGAUUAGAAUGGCAAUUAGAGUAUCAAGAUCAAGGAUUUUCAGUUUCUUAAGAAGAGUAUUUCAUUACCAAAAUAGUUCAAGAUCACAACUUGGCUCAAAUCCAUUUAAUUCAGUGACUUGGAUGAUGAUGGAGUGUAUAGCUUUAAGUGUCCAGAUAAUUGCAACAGCAUAUACAUUGGUUGUUUCCAAAAAGGAAAGGCCUGUUUGGCCAAUGAGGAUUUGGGUUUUUGGAUAUGGUUUUGGUUGUGUCAUUAGUUUGGUUCUGCUUUAUUGGAGAUAUUGGGCAUUAUAUGUCAGGCAAACAGAUGAUUCUGCUGCAAAUUCUGAUAUUGAGCAGCAAAUAAGCCACGACGAAUCAAGGGUGUUGUCGCCCAGGAUGGAAAGAUGCAGGACAUGUAUAGAGCUAUUCUUUGCCAUAUGGUUUGUGAUGGGGAAUGUUUGGGUAUUUGGUUCAAGAUUUGGAUCAUUUCAUCAUGCUCCUAAACUUCAUGUGCUCUGCAUAUCACUACUAGCUUGGAAUGCUGUCACCUACUCUUUCCCCUUCAUAUUAUUUGUACUGUUGUGUUGUUGUGUGCCAAUUUUGAGUAGCCUUCUGGGCUACAACAUGAACAUGGGAUCUGUUGAUAAAGGUGCAUCUGAUGAACAACUCUCCAAUUUGCCUAGCUGGAAUUACAAGGAAAAUAAAGAGGAGAUUAAAAGUUCUGCUAUGGAUAAUGAAAAUGCUGAAUGUUGUAUCUGUUUGGCUAAAUACAAAGACAAAGAAGAAAUCAGACAAUUGCCUUGUUCUCAUAUAUUCCAUCUCAAGUGUGUGGAUCAAUGGCUCAAAAUUCUCUCUUGUUGUCCUCUUUGUAAACAAGAAUUGGAGAGGUAAAAAAUGCAAGAAAUUAAGCUCAUGAUCAGAGUAUUGAUACUGCAUUUUCCUUUUAAUUUUUUUCAUAAUUUUCUUUAAAAAAAAGUUCAAGAUAAAUUGCAAUGUAACACAUAGUUACUAGAGUGAGCAAAAGUUUUUGUAAAUUAUAGUUCACCAGUAACUAUGCUGCUAUUGAAGUGAGCAUUUGGACGAAUCAAGAGAAGUUGAUGGGCUGAAGUGUUGUUUUUUCUUUAUGGGGAGAUAUUAUUAUUUAACUCUCCCUAAUAUUACUUUGUAUCUCUAACAUUACCAUUCUCAAAAAAAAAAAAAAAAUUGUAUCUCUUUUUGUAUGAGUACCAGUAUGAAUGUAGAAAUCAAUAGCUCUUAAUAAAGGA